AUGACAUAUUCUCAGCGUAUGAGCACACCUAUUUCUAUCUCCUGUGUCCUGAAUGGCACAACUAUCCUCCCUGAAUACCCGAUUGAUGAUACUUCAUCCCCACAGGUCUCGCCGCUUGCCCCUCCGUAUUUUGAGAAAAACUCUCUUUUUGAGCUCCUUUACGAAGUGCAACUGAUUCGCAGAAUCUGGAAUCCAACAGUUAAUCUAGUACUUCGCAUUUUCCCAAAGCCCACCUCGGAAAAAUUUGAAAUAUUACCCUACACCAAUGGGGAAGUCAUCACUGGGUAUGUGGACGUUGAGAAUAAAGGCAGUGUUGAAGUACCAUUCAAGGCGCUCUCCGUGUCCCUCAUGGGCUUACUCAAACUUAACCACAAUCGGCCAAAACGGUUCUUACAUUUAAUCGAUCUCGUGGCUUCAUCUUCGGGUACGGGUGUUGACAACUAUGUGGAUGUUGAUUUUGAGUUAUUGUCCGAAAAGUACCACUUAAGCGCAGAUUCUAAAAUUGGACUUCCCUCAGAUCACAUCUUACAGCCCCGUUCCAAGUAUAGAAAGUUCUUUGUGUUCCAACUUCCGUAUUCUUUACUCGAAGACACCUGUGAACAUGGAAUCGCUUCCCACUUUACUUUACCCCCGACGACUCUCAAAAAAUUCUCAGAGGUGAAAUAUUCUGUUCUGGCAAGUUUGAUUGUAAAGUCGUUAAAGUAUGGAUUCCACGUUUCGGCCCUGCAGGACAGGCCCUUCCGUUUCGUGCCACAAUUCUCCUUUCCGGUUGACCUGGAAAGUCUUAUGCCCGAUUCAGAUACCUACAGGCAACAAUUCUUAACAAAACUUGAAAGCAUCGAAAAACUCGAAGUAGCAGAGACCUCAAAGAUUGAAGCCGCCACAAAGAUGCAAUACUCAAGCUUGUGCACUAAGUUGAAGCUAGCAUGCUGCCUGAGUUCUCAGGCAUCGCCCGGGAGGUACGAAUCGAUCGGCCGUUGUACAAAGAAGAGUGUGUUUGGAGGCUCCAGCAGCGGGGUGCUUCUAGCUUCGAUCGAUAGGGUCAAUCAAAUGGAAAUCCGGCUUUCGGAUAGUUUUCUGGGAAGUUUUAUGGCGGUUCCAUUGAACUUGGAACUACAGUAUAUUCCUCCUUUCAGUUCAAAACGGCAGGGACCACAUCCUGCAAUCAAGUCGAUGUCUGUUUCACUAGAAAUUUUGGAAUCGCAGUCUCUUGGAGUAAUUCCUUUUAAGAUCGACCACUGCUUACUCAAUGAUUUUGAGGGAGUUUACCUCGAGAAAAUUAAGAGUGGAUUCAAAGCGUUAACGAGCCGGGUGGAGGCGGUUAAAUGCCAGAGCUUCAAAACUGAAUUGGACAACGAUUUGGGCGCCGUGGAUUCUUUAACUAUUUAUCGCGAGAAAAUCCUUGGUCUUAAGUUCGAAAGCUUGGCUCCCGGACACGAAAUCUGGUCAGGUUAUCCCCAAGAUGAUGGAUCUAGUCACUGGACCAGUCACAUCCAGUCAUCAGUGGUAUUUGAUUCUAGUAUCCGAGACAUGUACCUUGAGGGUAAGUUGGAUGCUAUUCAGAUGUGUAACAUGAACAGGAUGUAUCUUGUCAACGUUGCCUUGGUGUUGAGCAAUGGUCUCAAAGCAAACGUUUGCGUUCCUGUUAAAUUUGUCUAA